UGGAAGAAUUAAAGGAAUGUGACAAGAUGAUAUAAAUUGAUAGAGCCAAGGAGCAAGUGUGCCUGACUCGGCAUGUCAAAAAACAAGGGUCAUUCAUCUAAACAAGAUAACUUAGCAGUCACUGCAGUUGCUUUACAAGAUCACAUUUUACAUGAUCUUCAACUUCGAAAUCUUUCAAUAGCAGAUCAUUCUAAGACAAAGGUACAAAAGAGAGAGAACAGAUCCAAAUCUCUAAAAAGAAACACAAAAGCAAUAAUCAAUACUGGACUUAAGAAAACUAUACAAGGCCCUAAAGUGGAAGAUCUAGAAAAAGAAUAUGUUCUUGAUCCAAAACCACCACCAUUAACUUUAGCACAGAAGCUGGGCCUCUUUGAACCUCCCCCACCGCUACUAUCCUCAGAUGAAUGGGAAAAAGUGAAGCAAAGAUCCAUCCUGCAUGGGGACUCCGCGCAGCCGUGCCCGGUAUGCAAAGAAGAAUUCGAACUUCGCCCCCAGGUGCUGCUUUCAUGUUCACAUGUGUUUCACAGAGCAUGCCUCCAGGCUUUUGAAAAGUUCACAAAUAAAAAAACCUGCCCUCUCUGUAGAAAGAACCAGUAUCAAACCAGAGUGAUUCACGACGGAGCCCGGCUAUUCAAAAUAAAGUGUGCGACAAGGAUCCAAGCCUGCUGGAGGGGACACGUGGUCAGGAAGUGGUACCAAGACCUGAGGAGAAAGGUUCCUCCCACAGACGCCAAGUUGAGGAGAAAAUUCUUUGAAGAAAAGUUCACAGAGAUCAGUCACCGCCUACUGUGCUCCUACAGCACAAACAUAGAGGAUCUCUUCCGGGAAAUCGACCACUGCCUGGCCAUAAACCGAAGUGUUCUUCAGCAGCUGGAGGACAGGUGCGGCCACGAGCUCACAGACGAAGACUGGGAAAAGAUCCAGAUCCAGGCUCUGCACCGGGAGUCCUAUGAGUGUCCCAUCUGCCUCACCCCGCUCCCAGCCAGCGCUGACGGUCACCAGGACCCAUGCGAGACAUGCUGCAGCCAGUCUUCCCGGGAGACAGUCCUCCUGUCCUGCUCACAUGUGUUCCACCACACGUGUCUCCUUGCUCUGGAGGAGUUCUCCUUGGGGGACAGUUCUCCUUUCCACGUUUGUCCCCUCUGCCGCUCUGGCUAUCAGAAGAAAAUUCUUGAAUGUUGAAUUCACAGUUCCUGGGCAGCACUGGGGGAGAGGGAUUUACCUCAAUUUUGUAAAAACUGUAUGAGUUUGGGGUGAAGUACUACAGUGUAAUCUGCUCUCUAAUGAAAUAGACUCUUCGUAGUUGUACAUAGGGACCCUAUGUAUAUUUUAAAAGCUGACAGCAUACCCAAUUUUAGUCUUUAGUUUAUAAAAAUUUCAAAUUGAUGAGUUUAGUCAGUUGAAAUAAGUGAGGAAUGGGUAAAAACUUGAGGUUCAGAGUUUCUAUCAUUUAGUGACUCACUAUGCUUCUAGUUGAUCGGUUUGGACCACUCCAAACAGUGCAAUCACUCCCCUGCUCUCACAGUCGUCUGAUUAAGUGGCUCUGUUUCCACAUGGUUCUGACUGGCAGCAGGUAGCCCUGCCAGGAUGGUCAUGGCACGCUGGUCCCAGGCUCACCAGGGUACACAUGGUUACUUAGAUCGAGCUAGUGUCUGACCAACAAGCUGGUAACUAAAAACACUCUUCCAGUUGUGUUCGGCCCCCUGCCGUUCCUAGUUAUUUGUUUUGUAGUAAUUGCUUUAUUUCCAUGUGAUAACUUACCAUUAUAUUUCAGCAUUUCAAAUAUGUAAACCCAAAGUAUAAAAAUAAAAUAUUCAGUGGUAUUCAUCAGCA